AUGGCCGAACACAAGAUGACACUCGAAGAUUGGUUGGACGACCUCUGUGUCCGAUUCAUCAUCAACCUUCCAAGAGAAGAUCUCUCCUCGGUUGCGCGUAUCUGCUUCCAGGUUGAGGAGGCGCAAUGGUUCUACGAGGACUUCAUCCGUCCUCUGGACCCCACUCUGCCGUCCAUGUCUCUGCGGAGCUUCUGCCUGCGCAUAUUCCAACACUGUCCGCUGCUCGCGCCCUUCUCUAAAGAAAACCACAUGCGCGCCUUCGAGGAGUUCCUCCAAUACAAGACGCGAGUGCCCGUCCGGGGUGCCAUCCUUCUCAACGAGGCAAUGGACUCGACCGUGCUUGUCAAGGGUUGGAAGAAGGGGGCCAGCUGGAGCUUUCCCAGAGGCAAGAUAAACAAGGACGAGGAUGACCUGGACUGCGCGAUCCGCGAAGUCUACGAGGAGACUGGCUUUGACAUCAAGGAGGCCGGUCUGGUGCCCAAGGACGAUGAGGUCAAGUACAUCCAAAUAUCCAUGAGGGAGCAACAGAUCCGGCUCUACGUCUUCCGCAACAUACCCAUGGACACUGUAUUUCAGCCGAGGACCCGGAAGGAGAUCAGCAAGAUCCAAUGGUACAAGUUGUCCGAGUUGCCCGCCUUCCGAAAGGGGCGCAACAGUCAUGACGAUGCUGCCUCGGCGUCGAAUGCAAGCAAGUUCUACAUGGUGGCUCCGUUCCUGGUGCCCCUGAAGAAAUGGGUGUUGCAGCAGAAGAAGAAGGACGCUGCCCGAGCAGCCAAUAGCUCUCAUUUACCUGUCCAACUCCUAACCGAGGAGCCCCUCACCGAGGACGACAUAGGGGCCCAGACCGAGCCCGUGGCCGCUCCUUCAAAUGAUAUAGAGACGCUCGAGGGAGCCACGCAAGAGCUUCAGCGUCUUCUCAAAAUCCAACCCCCGCCACAGGGCUUGCAGACGAGCGCGUCAACGAGCUCUAAUGCAGACAAAGGGGAGGCCCUGAUGGCGCUUCUGCAGAAGAGAGCCGAACCCACCCCAUCCGAGCGCCCUGAUCAACCCACACUGUUUGAUCUCACGUACACGAGUGCCCCGGAACCUCCCAGUUCGCGCCAUCAUCAUCCGGCCCAUCGACAUCGGGUCCCCAGUUAUCAACAGCCACCAUCCUUUGCGCAUCCACCAAGUACGACCCAUCCUGGCUCUCCUAAAUAUGUGAAUCAGGCUCGAGCACCUGCUCAGGUCCCGAUUCAGGUACCCGGCUUGAACCCAUUCAUGAACCCAGUACAGGAACCGCGAAAGGAGCCGGUCCUUGUGCACCCCCGGCCACUGCCGCCUCAAGUGCAGCAAUCGCUCCUUACCAGAGGCAUGCUCCCCACCCCAGAUGUCGCAGAUGCCGCCAGUCAAAGUGGUCUGCAAGCCCAGCAAGGCGGCGUGAACCUGUUCACGAAUCGUAGGCAGGACGUCUAUGGAACUCAGCAGCCAGUCUCAAAGCCACCUCCACUGACGGAUCACGCGAUGUCAUUGCUGAAUGCCUUCAAAAACGGCGCACACAGUGAAAACAAGCCGUCCGGUGGCCACACUGGUUUGGAGAGCGCUUCGGGGCAAGCAAAUACCCAACAGCACCAUGCAGCAUCCUGGGCCAACCUGCCGGCGACACAGCCAUCAAACCCUGCAGCGCAAUACCUGCCAUAUCACAUGGCGAACCUUGCACAGCCAAGGACCUCACCCCGCGCAAUGCAGCCUCAAGACGUCCUGGGCGCCAUAUCCAAGCCCUCGCAGUUGCCAGAUUCACACCGAUCGGCAUUGCUGGAUAUCUUCAAACGAUCGGGUCCCAAAUCUCCACUGAGCAAUGAGAUCACCAUGAAAGCUGCGAACUUGCAGGAAGGAAACGGCUUUGCAAGGCUAGAUCAGCCAGGCAGCCCUGUUCACAAGGCAUCAUCUGCUGCCGAGGCGAUCGCUUCAGCCGGGGAGGUUAACGGUGCACCAGUGCGAGCGAACGCAGUGUCGCUACCGUAUCGAGCUGUCCAGAUCCUGAGCCGUCCAAAGCAGCCAGAGGCAAGCGAAGGCCAUGACUUGACGGGUGCACAGACACAGAUGCAUCACCUGCAGCAGCGGUUCAGCCCCAUGGGGUCGGCCAGACACGGUGGCCGGAAUUUGGGCCGUCACGGUCUGCCGUCACCCCGCGACCGCUCGUUCCUGCAGCAGGCCGAUCAAGGGGCCCAGAGAUCGCCUCAGAUCAACUAUGCCGGCCAGGCGGCCGCCCAAGCGGCCGGGUUCCCAUACACGCAAUCACUGCCGCAAUCUCCGACGGGCUCGCAAGCUGUUCCCCCGUUGUAUCAACAACAACCACAACAACCAAUGGCCAUACUGCGGCGCCGGCAAGACUCUAAUCCGGAGCAAAGGCAGAAACUGCUGUCGCUAUUUGGAAAAGAGGUUGCCGCUUCGCCGACCGGAUUUGGUGGGAACGAGGACAAGGGCAAGGCGAGAGACACCACCGCGGCUGCGUUUGUUGUUGACUCAGCCCAGUCGAGCAACUCCCCUCGCUCACGGGUGGCAUCUAUCACCUCGCUGGGUCGCGGCGGGGAGAACAUUGUGAGCAGCAGCUCGCCUACCGCGUCGCGCCGCGGCAGUCAGACGCCGAUCUCGCCCGCCGACCGCAGCUUCCUGCUGUCGUACCUGGAGUCGGUCUCGAAUUCGGCGCGGUAG